AAUGGCAUUGAUUUGAAUGUUAUGAAUGAACGCAUACUCUGUGACUCACAUGUCAUGUGUUUAUCAUUUGAAAUCAUUUUUGUCAUUAAUUUACGCAACAAAUGGACACAAAACGUAUGACCAGAGCGUCAAUCGGCGGUCUAAAGACCAAACAUGUGAUGAAUAAAUAUUUUAUGAAUGAUCUCAAUGUUCAACGCUUUUCGGGCAUUUUUUCGGCCACUUAUUGUUGGCCAAAGUGCGGUACCGACGGUCAAGAAAUAGAUGCCAAAUGUUGGUCACAAGUAAUGGUUAACUCUUACGAUUGGUUUAUGACAAAGAUGUGGACAGAAGUAGUGGCCAAAGUACCCAUCAUUACCAACGAUGACUCUUCAGUCCAACAAAUUAACGAAUUGUUGUUUGCGUUGAUUCUUAAAGAGUUAGAUCUGUUAACAGUAUCGCAGAUGAGAUACUUUGAGACAGUAUUGGAUCUGUUUAACGAUGAGAUAUCAUUUGGCGUUUUAUUUUGGCUUAAAUUGUGUUCACAAUUCAAUUGGCGUCUCGUCUAUACUGAUCUCAUUAGUCAACACAAACACUCCAAAGAGUUGAUCCAUGUAUUGGUUGACGAGAUUGAGGCCAAUGCUAGUCAAGAAUGUUUAACCGAAGAUGAUAUUCAAUACUAUUAUUCAUUGAUUGAUUGCAUUUGUGUCCACUCAAUGACCACUAAUAUCAUUGACGGAAAAUUAACAUUAAAUGAAAGGACAAACAAUUUCUACAUUGAUAUUCAAAAGACAUGUCAAGAGAGGUCAUUGAAACGGAAACGCGAUAUCUGUGUCCAACAAUUGGCAACAUUUAAUGUUAUGACACAAGAAUUGAUUGGUUUUGGAUUAAACUUAUUGUCAAAUCAACAAUACAUUCAACAAGAUUUACAAAAAUUAACACAACUCGAAAACUUGUUUUCCUAUCGUUUUGUUGACAUCAACGACAACUUCGAAAUUUUUGUGGCCGAAGACCUACGCAUUCGUGACGAUAUAGCUGUGGCCCGAAAUAAUUAUCAAUCGCUUGAACUGAUGAACAGUCAAUUCGACAUUCUUGAGAAACCAAUUGUUUGUAUGAAAUCUUUGGACACUUUCUUCAAAAUUGUCGACAAUAAAGCAUUUCAAACAAUACGUUCAAAGCGUUUCUCUUAUUUAUCACGCAUUUUGCGAGACGAAGAUCACCCAAAUUUUGGUCAAACAUUGGAUUUAUUAUUUACCUUUGGAAACUAUCAGUUUUUGGAAAUGAUGGCAAUGGUUAAUCCUCAACACAUUCACAAAUUUGAAUUGACCACAAAAUUGACCAAAAAACUGGUUAAUUAUGCUAACAAUCCUACCGCCAAAUGUUACUUCAAGCGAAUGCUAUUUAAUGCGCUAAAAGAUUCACCAAAUGUAGACUUAAAGACUCGCAUCAAAAACUUUGGAACUGAUCCGUUGGUAACCAAUGAAGAUCUUAGAGAUAUCUUGAACUCUAUUAAGACGAGAUUUAAUCAAAUAACAGAAUCGGAUAAUGAACUCAUUGAAGACUUAAUUCAUGAUAUAACUGUUGCGAGUUAUUUCAUGGGUAUUGAAAUGUUGAGACAAUUACUUGAAUUGGUUGUCGAGAAGAACAAAGCGCAUCAGCCAUUUGUGUCGCGAAUUAUUGCUAUUAAUUUGAAUCCAUUGACAACAAACAUACCGUCACAUACUCUUCAUUCAGUUAAUAUUUUGUUGCAUUUACUGAUGGAACGGCUUUUAGCCAACCCGUCGAUCCAAACGGUAGACGAUUUGACUCAAUUGGUUAAAGGGUUUGUCAACAUUCAAACCAAAGAGGGACUACUCGAAGAUGUAUUAUCACUGCAACAGUUUUUUCUGUAUUUGAUGGCAGACUUAAACUUCUCAAAUGAAAAGCUUGUUUACUCUAAAUUAUUACUAAUGAAAAAUAUAAUUGAAUUGAGCGGUAACCAAGAGUGGCCACAAUUUCUUUCCAAUUUGAUUCCCACAAUUUUAUUUUUAAUUCAAUAUUUGGAUUAUUAUUGGCAUAGACCACAUCAAAAACAAAUCACUAUUGAUGUGUUAAAUAUGAUUUUGGACACAAAAAUGGUGUCCAAUUUUAGCGAAGAAGACUUUGCUUUGAUGGAUCAGGUGUUGAUGAGUCGUUGGAGAGGAAAACCUGGACUUAAAGCGACGACACCUAAAAUAUAUUUGAUUUACUUAGAGAAACGAUUCCCGAAACCUAUUGAACAACUUUAUGACAUAAGUAAUAACAUAUUUCACGAUCAAAUCCUUCACUAUUCUGCGGCCACACUCAACACCAAAUGGAUAACAGAUGUCUAUCCACAGUAUGCAAAGUGCAAUGAGUUAACAAAGAUAGCACUCGACCACAUAAUGCCGGCGCUCACCGAAAAAGAGUUCAACGCUGUCUUUAAAUUUCUGUUUGACUAUUAUUAUGGUUAUGAAGUAAUCUCAAUGCUUCAGUCAUCGAUACGUAAGAUUAAGGACCAGAAAGUGGAUAAAAUAUUUUAUUUAAAAUGUCUUAUGAAUCUCGUUAACGAUUACAUACUUCAGCCCAUCAGGGAUGAAAUUGUCAUUCGACCCAUAAGUGCAAUCGAUUAUAAAUACUAUGAGGUUGGAUGUGGUGUUACAUUCAAAUCACUGGCGAUAUUUGAUUGCAUUGACUUACCAACUGAAGUGAUGGUUCAAUUGGAACAAAUGCUCACCGAAUUGGCUCAAAAGUUAAAGCUUGAAAUGUUUGUUGACUUCAAUCUCUAUACAAAUGAAAAUCUAAUUCCACGGAUUGCUAAAGAAGUUCUUAGAAAAGUAUUCAAUGAUUGUUCCAAUAAUAUUGGCGAAGAAAAAGAAGCCAAAACUGGAAUGAAUCCAAAACCUGCCGGAGCUGUCUGUAGCUAUAAUAGCAAACAUAUGAAUAAUGGAUGUGAAGAAUGAUUGAAUUGGUUUUUUUCGUGAAAAUUACAUCAUUUAUUAAUACUGUAUAGCAUUUUGUUGAUUAAAAUUAUAAUUUCUCUAAUGAUUUAAAAAUUUAUCUGAAAUUGUUAUAAUUAAAUGUUUGUAUUUUGUUUAUUAGCACCACUUAUAUUAAUG